AUGAGCGGUACCCAGGGCUAUCCAUACCCCCAGGUGUUUCUAGUGGACAGCAGUGGAGGUCCACAGGUCCAACCUCCAGGCCUGGUACCUUGCUGGUCCUUCCCUCCUGCCCAGGAGAGGGUAAGGGAGCAGAGCAGGGGCUGCAGGGGGGUUGGCUCCUGGAGCCUGGUUAUGGCUCUGCUGUUUCUGCUGCUGUUGGUGUUUGGGGCUCUGGGGCUGGGAGCCUACCAGAUACACAGGCUACAGACACAACUGGAUGGGAUACAACAGGUGAGGGGGUUCUUCUCAGUGUUUGGGUGGGGUUCUCCUGGAGCAAGUCUGCUCUCUAUUUGCGUCAAAGGGACUUUGUAUCUCGUCACUUCUGUCUCAUAAUCUUCUUUCUGUAUGAUAUUAUAAGAGCAUCUCUCCAUGCAAUGACACUGCACUGCUCCUCUGCAAAAAGUUCAAUGAAAUGGAUGCAGGGAGGAAUCUGUGGUAGUUCAUAUUUAGCAUCUUGUAGCAUUUCAUUGUUUUUGUUGGCUAGAACAUCUUAACUUACUGAUGAGGAAAACCGAGGCAUAUAGAGAGCAAUAGUAAUGGCGACUUUUUGUAGGCACUAACUCCGCCAUGGUUCAUUGGUCAAAGCCUAUGGGGAAAUUAAUGGGGGUUUUGGAUAAACGCUGAAAAUAAAGUAUGUGGUAAACACAGGCUUAGGAGAUCUUAUACUAUUUGUUAUUUGUUAUCUUCAUCAGCUAACGUCACUUUUUGAGUUUAAGCAUUUAUGUGCUCAAAACGAGCACAAAAAAGGCUUCAUAAUUCAUAAAGUUCAUGUUAACUGACUGAUAUUAUCACAGAACAAAAUAUAUAAUAUCCCCUAAGCCUGUGUUAACCUCAGACCCCAUUCCAAACCCCAUUUUUCCCCCAUAGGAAUGGCUGAACGAACCAGACAUAAUUCAUUUCCGGCUUUUAGUGCUACAAGCUGGCAAACUCUAUAGCCUCCGUUUUUUUCCCCUACAAUGCAUUACAACAUGCAACAUUGUAGCAACAAGGGGGGAAAAACUCAACCUAAAAAGAGAUGCCUCCUACCAUUUCAUUAUCACCUUGAUGAUUGUGACCACUGGAAAGGGAGUGGGAGACUGGUGAGGGGUAGGCGACAGACAGACCGAGGUAAAGGGUAGAUGAAAAAAGGUUAACAGGCUUUGACUUUCGUGCAGGUUUUAUUGCUGCCUCUGCAUCUCAGACUAUUAAGUAGCAAUGACAUUUAAAGACCGGAAUCUGUUCAGUUGUGGUCACCAGUCCAGCGGUGCUACAGGAUAUCCUUGACUCAUAUCAAAGAACACGUUCAGAAAGGAACUGAUGUUCAGCGCAUAUUAGCGCAACAUUACUCUAUAACCCUUAACCACAAAAUGUAAUUUAACAUAACCUGUGUGUAUGUUAACGUGAUGUGGCAUUGAGAUUUAUUUUUUCUUCUCAUUUCACAGGAAGUUAACAUUGAGAGCAAAAGUCGUGCGCCUGAGAAGCUAGUGGGUGAGCUUCCAGAGACUGAUCCAGACAGAGGGAAGAAGGCCAGCAGACCUGCAGCACACGUCAUAGGUAAGUAAGCUGGGGUGGGCAGGCUUUUGCUCCAGCCCUUGUCAACCACCUGAUUCUAGCAAUCGGCUGCAAAUCAGGACCUUGAUUAACUGAAUCAAGUGUGCACCCCUGAUGUACAAUAGGGACUGUAAAAUCCAGUGGAGUCUCAUGUCUAACCCCACUCUCCCUUCUGUCUCCCUUUGUCUCCCUCAGGCCGGAUCGAGAAGGUUGUUUCCCAGAAUACCUUGCGUUGGGAGCCCAAGGCAGGGCGGGCCUUCACAGAGGGAGGCGUGGUCUAUCGGGAUGGUGGUCUGCAGGUCAAUGAGACUGGGCUCUACCACAUCUACUCCCGGGUGCAGUUUGAGACCAAUCACUGCACACCUACAGAUGCCUUGGUUCACUCUGUGUUUGUGAGGAGGCCAGGGAGCUCCAAGCCUCUUACCCUGAUAGAGGCGGACAGGGAGGGCUACUGCAGCUCGGGCUCUAAUGGGCGUGUCUGGACCUCUGGGAGUUACCUGGGCUCCACGCUGCAGCUGGAGAAGCAGGACUGGGUCUAUGUGAACGUCUCCCACCCAGCCAUGCUCAGCCACACUCAUCAUGCCAACUUCUUUGGACUCCACAAGAUCUAG